UCGCGCGCCCCUGGUGUAGAAAAAAAAUACACACACAGAGAGAGAAGGAAAACUUCAUAGAAAUGGCGGAGAGUGCUACGACGCUCAAAGGCUUGCGAGCCCAGAUAGCUGCGGCUGCACAGGCACAAGCCGAGGAGCGGCGUAGCUUAGCAGGGACCAGUCCAGGACCUACAACCAACUCACCGUCCAAACCUCAGGGCUGUAAGCCAGUCAUUGACGGCGCCUCGCUUAAAGUAGACGACCGGCUGCGAGUGGCAAAAGAGAGGCGAGAGGAGGCAGAAAGACAACAGGCUUUACGGGAGUCCCAGAUCAUGGAGCGGGAGCGCAAAGCCAAGCUGCAAGUGGAGCGCCAGCUGGAGGAACGUCAGAAAAAGCUGGAGGAGCAGCGGCGGAAGGAGGAGCAGAAACGAUUGGCUGUGGAGGAGAAGAGGAAGCAGAAGCUUGAAGAGGAAAAGGAGCACUAUGAGGCCGUUAUGAGGCGUACGUUAGAGCGCAGUCAGCGUGUUGAGCAGAGGCAGAAGAGGUGGUCCUGGGGAGGACUCUCUGCUGACCAAGAUGGACGAGCAGGAGAUUCUGACGCCAGCAUCUCUUCUCCAGUAGCUAUAGUUGUCUCCUCUCCCUCGCCUGAAAAGCCACCAAGGAGUGGACAAGCUGACAAGCGCUCCACAUCCACAACUAACCUGAAACAGCCGCCCGAGGCUGGCAUCAGCAAACGUUUAUCCUCCUCCUCUGCCGCCCUCGGUAAAUCACCUGACAAAAGUGUUAGAGCGAGGAGUUCGUCUUGUAACCGGUUGCCAAGCAAUGGCAUUGAUGCUCAGGCCAGUAAGGAAGAUGGCAAAAAGCUUCAGGUGGAGCAGACAGGCCGCUCUGUGAAGAAGAGAAGUUCCUCCCUCACACGAGUAAGUGUGGGCAGAGCGCAGACCCCUGCCAAGCCUGAUAAGGGAACAACGGACGAUCAAGCUCGCAAGCCACCGGCCAGUACUGUGGAUGAAGGGGUCCUUAGCCGCCUGCUCACUCCCACCCAGGCCUCACUAGCUAGGAGCAAGAGCGCCGCCGUCCUGUCCGCUGAAGGAUCAGAUGCUACAGAGUGUCACCUGUGUCCUCGUUCAGCCUCUGCCAGCGCCCUGAACCCACCGCGCGGACCCGUGCGCAGCCGCAGCAUCGACCGGCAGAAGAGCGGCAUGACCACGUCAAAGUCAGCCAGCGAAGCCCUCGAUUCGUCUCUGAAAGACAAACGAUUAACCUCACCUAGGGGGCAACGUCCCGCCUCACCAUCAACCCCCUUGGGACGCCAUCGCUCACCAUCCCCAGCGCCCAGCCCAACUCCAAAGAGAACCCCCUCCCCAGCAGCAUCCAAGCAAAGUCCCAAGAUGCGCCCACCGUCACCGGCCGCCAUGAAACAGCGUCCCCCGUCUCCCCAGCCCGCGUCCGCCAAGCCCCCACCCAUCCAGAAACCGUCGCUCACGCCAACAGGGCCGCCGACGUUGAGGAAGAGGGAUUCCAAGUCCAAAGAUCUGGGUCCUGUUCAGCCCGUGGCGCCACAGGCCUCUGAGGCCAGCAAGACCAAAGAUAAAGACGACUCAAAGACGACCAGCACUAACUCUGCAGCUGAGGCGGCAAAGAUCCUGGCGGAAAAUCGAAGACUGAUGAGGGAGCAGAAGGAGCGAGAGGAGCAGCUCAGGAUACAGAAGGAGGAAGAGGAGAAGCUGAGAAAAGAAGAGGAGCAGAGUUUAGCCGAAGAAGCUCGACUUAUACGGCUGGAGGAGGAGAAGAGGUUGGCCGAAGAGAGGAAAAUAAAAGAGGAAGAAGACGCGCGUCUAGCAGAGGAAGAACGAAAAAGAAUGGAAGAAGAAGAAGCAAUAAGGCAGGCCGAGCUCCAGAAGGAGCGCGAGGAGGCCGAGGCCAAAGCCCUGGAGGAGGCAGAGAGGGUCCGUCAGGAAAGAGAGCGCAUCAUGCAGCAGAACCAGCAGGAACGGAUGGAGAGGAAAAAGAGAAUUGAAGAAAUAAUGAAGAGAACUAGAAAAGGGGACCAGAGUGACUCAAAGAGAGAUGACGACGCACAGGAGGAUGGCGACGAAGGUGGCGAUGAAGAUGAUGAGAUGAAAAGUGAAACCAAAGAUGACAUUCCAAUGGAGGGCGACCAAGACAGUCUGUCUUCUGGUGACCCUAGAGUUGGCCAAGAAGACGGGAUGAACGGGAAUCCAGAGCCGGACAGCGACGGCCCGACCGCAGAGGAGAACCAGGCAGGAAGUCCAGUCCCUACGAGCCGCAUCGUCGAGGGCUCCGAGUUCCUGAAUGAAGAGGACUCCCCCAGAGAGGAGUUGGUGUCCAGCCUCAACGGGAAGUCCAGCCAGUGGAGCUUCGAGGAGCUCAUCGACUCCAACGUCCACUCCAAGAGCCGACCGCUCAUCGGCUCCGAGGACUGUAACCAGGUUUUAAUCAACUGUGACGGGAGCGCAGAGGAGACCCGGGUGGCCUUUGAGGACAAGGGAACCCCCAUCGGCACCCUGCACUCCUCUAGUCAGCCUAUAGAAGCCAUUUCAGAAAUUUGAUGCUGCAGCUGCCGCUGAGAAGCCUCUUUGUGUUGCACUCCAAACUUUCCUUUCCAGCUGAGAUCCCAUCAAGAAUCUUCUAGCCGUUCCAGUUCCCACCUCUUCCUGCAGGGGGCGCACAAGACGAAACGGAAAGACCACCCUAAGUGCUCCAUUUGCACCCCACACAAUGAGGAAACGGAUUUAAUUACGUUUUAUAUAUUUGAAAACGUCACGCUUCAGGGAAAUGUUUCAUAUUCCUCGUCUUUCCUCUUCCUCUUGUGUUUCGUUCUUUUCAGUUUUGUGUCAAACUUUCUUUUUUUUUUUUCUUUUUUUGUUAGGGGGUGCAUUCUUAUAAUAAUUUAUUAAUUUUUGCUUCACUGUUAUUGUAAUUAUUGCUAUAAUGUGUUUAGUCAUUUUCUCUCUGGUAUGAGAAUAUUCCAUGACACAUGAAAGUCAGGCCAUGUGAAAUAUAUUCUAAUUACUGAAACAAAUGUUAACGCAUCACUAUUAUUCUGUCGCUGUUUGGGCAGAAAGGUUUUUUUUUUUUUUUUUUUUUGCAUGUGGUUGAACUAAAUUUACUUGACAGGCUGCUUUUUGUUUGCAGCACCCAGCAACAUAUGGCCUUACCUUUUAUGUCCCAACGUUGGAUUUUCUAAGUGCUAAGCAGCAUAAUUGUUAUGAAGCUCAUGCAAAAAGACAGUUUAGCCACGCUUUCUCACCCUGUCCUGUUCUCCUUUGUUCUGGCCACUAGAGGGCGUCCAAACCACAAAGGUAAAAGGUUUUGGCCCAGUUUGGCGGCAGGGCGGUCGUGGUCGGGUUAUGUGUUUAAUAGAACUAAUGUUUACUAACAUCGCUGUAACGGAUCUGGUUUUAGUCCCACGCUCUUAUCUUUGAAUUACUGUAGCUGUAACAAACUGAUUAAAGGGAUAGUUUGGAUUUAUUAUUUUUUUAAACUUGUGUGAAUCUGCAGACGGAGCUAGCAGUGACUAAAGGCUCCACAGAUCAUAACUCCAAACAGUCCAGGCUAUCUCUUUAGGGGUGAGACGUUGGUUAACUAAUCUAGAAAUCGGAUUUCCUUUGGCUUUUCCUCCUCACAUUAGCUGCUACGCCUGACGAAAUGCAUUUCAGCUCUUUUUAUAUAGUGUAGAAAUGGGCGGAUUGUUUAUAUUUGUAUUUAAGUGUUAUGUUGUGUGUGUGUAUAUAAUCAGUAUUAGGCAAGCGAAGCCAUGUUUAGGGAGGCACGGCUCAGGUUGUGGUUUAUUAGGGUCUGGUUAUUUGUUACUGUUAGGGUCGGGGUAGAUUGAGUGGUGCGCUGAGCUCAGAUUGGCUGGUUUCACGUUAGAUCCCCACAAAUAAAAGCCUCUGACGAAGAGGUGCUGCAAUGCAAAGCUCCAGCUUGGAGGGUCACUAUAUGUAAUCUAAUAAAUGUGAUGUGUGGUGAUGCUAACGUUAAAUCUCGGUUUGAGAGUCAUCUAAAAACAAACUAAAGGAAACUAGCAGAGGUUUGUCGUUGUCGUUGACUAUCCUGUCAGAAGUCGUGGCUCAUCAGCUCAGGUUUCAGCUGUUCUACUGAAGUAAAGAGGAGCUUCUUCACCAAACAAAAAUAACGGUCAGGCUUGAUUUACAUUUUCUCAUUGUUCCCUGUCCAUUUUUAUUUCUUAAAGCGUGUUGAAACCUUUAACAUGAUGAUCCAAGUAUGAGGUUUCGGAGGACCCUGACGUUUGCCUUGUUCUCUGCUGGGUGACUAAAAAAUCUCAUGUGCAUGAAAAGGGCCUGAAUUAUUUGAGCGUUAACGAGCUCACUGAAUGUUACAGACUGCAUAAACCGUCCUCCACUUACUCACCACAUCUCUUAAGAGCUGCCUGCUUCCAGCCUUCCUGUUAUGAAGUCUUGUAGAAAAUGCUCUGGCCUGUCAGAGACGACCUGUUACUGCGGAGCGGCUUCGCUGUGAGACGAGCUAGACGAGCUGUGAUGUUUUUAACUCCUUCCUACUCCUCUUCUCCGUCGCCCUGUUUGUAGUUGCAGAUAUUAUGUUUUUUUUUCAGGUCCUGCUGCGUCUGUAAGUACUAAACUUAAAAGCCCUCUGUCCUUCCAUGUUUGAUAGAGUAGAAAGGUGCCUUAGUUUGAGAUGUACUGUUUUUAUUGCAUUCUUCCAGUUGACGGUGUCUUUACCUCGGCCUCGACAAUCAGUCCACCCGAGCAGGGCGACUCAGUGAAUAUAAAUAUUUCUCUGGAAGAUUUGGUGUAAAGCCCCUGUCUGCAAAUAAAAUCUGUACUGUAAAUAUAUCUAAAGAGAACAGAUAUGAUACAGACUGUUUAAACAAUAAAGUCUAAACGAAGCGAA